AUGGCCGAAACUAUCGACAAGGAGAAGCUUGAGGAGCUGGGUGCGGUUGAGUCCCACACUCAGGGGGAAACCGUCCAGUCCAAUGAGUUGAAGCGAGACUUUAAACCACACCAGGUCUUCAUGUUCUCAAUUGCGUGUGCAAUUGGAACUGGACUGGUCAUUGGUUCGGGCAGUGGUCUAUCCAGAGGAGGCCCUGGUAGUCUUUUGAUCGCCUACAUGGUCAUUGGACUCACUGUGUUUUUCGUCAUGACAGCUCUGGGCGAGAUGGCGACCUUUUUGCCAAUGAACAAGGGCUUCGGAGGAUAUGCCACCCGCAUGGUUGACCCGGCGUUUGGGUUCGCUACCGGCUGGAACUACUUUCUCAAGUACAUUAUCGCAACGCCGACCAAUUUGACCGCCACAGGCUUGAUUCUCCAGUACUGGAGGCCAGACCUGAACGUUGCCAUCUGGAUCACAGUCUUUGGAGUCCUCAUCAUUACAGUCAAUGUCCUUCAUGUCAACAGCUUCGGCGAAACCGAGUUCUGGCUCGGCCUGUGCAAGGUCCUCAUCAUGACGACCCUCAUCCUCUCCACGCUCGUUGUCGCGCUCGGCGGCGGACCGAAUCACGACCGAUCGGGAUUCCGAUACUGGCAAGAGCCAGGAGCUUUCGCGGAAUACUUGGCCGAGGGAGCUAAGGGAAGGUUUCUCGGCUGGUGGGCAUGCAUGGUGCAAGCUUGCUUUGCGUAUACAGGAACUGAAGUCGUGGGCAUGACUUUCGGCGAGACACCCAACCCAAGGAAGAACGUUCCUCGAGCUGUGAAGCAGACUUUCUGGAGAAUCGCUGUCUUUUACAUCUUGGGCAUUUUAGUCCUUGGCAUGGCUGUUCCCUAUAACAGCGAGAAGCUCAUUGGAGCGACCAAGCAGGCAACCAGCGGUGCUGCCUCUCCCUUUGUCGUCUCCGUCAGCAUGGCCGGUGUUGGCGUGUUCCCCGAUUUUAUCAACGCUUGUCUCUUGGUCUUUACCCUCAGCGCGGCAAGCUCAGACAUCUACUGCUCGUCCAGAUCUCUUUACGGCCUCGCCAAGGACGGCCAAGCCCCUCGCCUCUUCGCCAAAGCCCGUGAAAACGGCAACCCCAUCUACGCUGUCGCCGCUGCCUCGGCGUGCAUCGCCCUCGGUUACAUGAACGCCAGCAAGUCAUCUUCUACAGUCUUUGGCUACUUUGUGAGCCUUGUGACUGUCUUUGCCGUCCUCAACUGGGUGGCUAUUCUCAUCACCCACAUUCGAUUCCGUCAAGCCCUGAAGGCCCAAGGCAUCGCUACCAGCGAUCUUCCGUAUGAGGGCUUUAUGCAGCCCUAUGGCUCCUACUUUGCCUUGUUCAUCUCCAUCCUGGUCAUCAUCUUCAAUGGUUAUGACGCUUUCAUCCCCCACUUCAAGGUCGACGUCUUCAUCCUCAAGUACAUUGGCACCAUUAUCUUUCUGGGCAAUGUCACGUGGUGGAAGCUCGUCAAGAAGACAACCUUCUGGGAUGCAGAGGCUGUUGAUCUGGCGACUGGCAGGCGAGAGUUUGAGGAGAGGGAGAGCCACGAGGAUGCGGAGUGGAACGGUGGCCUGCGAAAGAAGGUUCUGGGCUUCUUCAGAAAGUGA